AUGAGAGCCUUCGCCAUCGCCGCUGGGCUUCUGAGCCUGCUCUCCCCGGUUGUCGCAAGCUCCGCCGCGGCAGACAAGGUAUCGGAAGUCAAGCAGCCAGCCGCCUUCAAGCCGCCUCAGGUCUUCAAGAACGCCAACCUCGUACACAUCAUCUCCCUCGAGAAGAACUACGUCAAGGAGUCAAUCAAUGUCCUUAUCGAGAACAUUGACAAGACCCCUCAAGAUGAAUACUACCUGCCCUUCACCCCCGACCAGAUGUCGCGCAUUGGAGCCUUCGAGGCCAAGGACAGGAAGAACCCCGAAGCUGGCCCUUUUGCUGCUGACGCCGUCGAGUACGAUCCUUUGAGCGAGAUCCAGUACUACAAGAUCAAGCUCCCCGCGCCCUUGAAGGCUGGCGGCCAGCAGACCCUCAGCAUCUCCUACUACCUCCUCAGAGCUUACAAGCCCCUCCCCGCCGCGAUUGCCCAGGAAGAGAACCAAUUCCUUGCAUACGACUUCUCCGUGUACGCUCCUUCCGCCUACGUCACCUCGAAGCAGAAGACCGAGCUCAAGUCUCACUCGUCCAACAUCCCCGACUACACCAAGCUCCCUGGCAGCGGUGAUGUGAAGGAGUUCCCUCAGAAGGCAGGCUCGAAGCUCACCUACGGCCCCUUCGACGAGAAGCCCGCCGGCGCCGUUUCCCCCGCUCAGGUGCGAUUCGAGUUCACCAAGCCCGUGACCCACGUCGCCACGCUCGACCGCGAUAUCGAGGUUAGCCACUGGGGAGGAAACGUCGCGUUCGAGGAGAAGUACGAGCUCUACCACCGCGGUGCGAACCUGUCCAAGCUCUUCAACCGUGUCAAGUGGCAGCAGUCGCAAUACUACAACCCCAACACCUACGCUCUCAAGGAGCUGCGGUUCCCCCUGAAGGUUGGUAGUGCCGACGCCUACUUCACCGACGCUAUCGGCAACGUUUCUACCUCGAGGUUCCGCAGCAACAAGCGCGAGGCUCUCUUGGAGAUCAAGCCCCGUUACCCCGUCUUUGGCGGCUGGAAGUACCCCUUCACUAUUGGCUGGAACUCGGAUGCCAGCAACUUUGUCCGCACCGUCGACAGCUCUGGCAAGUACGUCUUGAAGGUGCCUUUCCUCGAGGGACCCAAGCAGCCCGAGGGUGUUGAGUACGGACAAGUCAACCUGCGCAUCCUCUUGCCCGAGGGAGCAACGAACGUCAAGUUCUACACCAGCGUCCCCCAGACAGCCAUCACCGAUUCGGCUGUGGGCACCCACAAAACCUACCUCGACACCAUCGGACGCACCUCCGUCGUCAUCAAGGCGCACAACCUUGUUGACGAGCUCAGGGACCGCGAAGUUGUCGUAACAUACGACUACUCGGUCGCUUCCGCGCUGCGCAAGCCUCUCAUUGUCUUCGCCAGCAUGGUCUUUGUCUUUGUUGCGGCGUGGGUUGUUGGAGGACUGAACCCGACGAUCGCCAAGAAGAAAUAG